AUGGGGCGAGACGCGACCGUAGCCCCGCAGCCGGUCGCGGCCGGCGCGCCGGAAUUGGGGAAGGCCGAGUCGAUGGUCAUCGACGUCGACGCGGUGGCCGCGGUCCACGGCGUGGCGUGCCGUAUCUGCCACCUCAGCCCUGAGGGCGGCGACGGGCCUGCGACGUUGCCCGGGGCGGAGGUGAUCCGGCUCGGCUGCGGCUGCAAGGAGGAGCUCGGCGACGCGCACCGCCAGUGCGCCGAGGCAUGGUUUCGGAUCAAGGGCGACAGGCGCUGUGAAAUUUGUGGUUCAGUUGCCAAAAACAUCACUGGAUUGGAAGUGAAAAGAUUCAUGGAGGAGUGGCAUGGGCGAACAAUGGCAGACACCAGAAUAACUAUGGAGGGGGAAAGUACUUGCUGGAGGCGGCAGCCGUUUUGUAACUUGUUGCUAGCUUGCUUAUUUAUACAUGCAUAUAUGCAAUGUAAUCGUGUGCAAACUCCCAACCAAGCAAUCGGCGCCGCCCACGGCGAGAUUCAGAGAAACUGA